AUGGUCGGCAAAGUCAGCGAGAGGGUCCUCCUCCGGGAAGGCCUCGAGAGGACCGACAAUGGCAUGAAACUGUCAAACUGGCCCGAUGUCACGCCCAUCAACCAGAAGAACUACUACACCGAUUACAUGAAGCGCGAUGACCAAGUUCUCGCCCUCCGACUCCAGAACGACGCGACCCGCGAUCGAUUAGUUCAGCAUGCCCGAGACCGCGACCGGGCUCUUUCGAAGACGGCCAAUGGCGAGCUCCCUCUUCCCGUCGCAGAUCUACCCGAGGAAGAUGGUGCCACGACGCCCUCAGCCGGCCUGGACCCAUCGAGGGUCAUUGUCAUCCACCCUGGAAGCCAGAACCUACGCAUUGGCUUUGCUAGUGACGCGCUCCCGAAGACGAUCCCGAUGACUCUGGCGACUAAGUUUCCCCAGACCGAAACCGACAUGUACGAGGCGCUUCCGAGAAGGCAGUUUGAGGCCAAGUCGGUGGAGCAGCAAUACAACGAGGAUUGGGCCAAGAAAUACAAGGACAUGUCUCAUGACCUCAAAGUCGAGAUGCGUGCAAACAAGCGCAAGGUUCUCCCCAACUCGAAGGAGUUGGUUCAGACUUUCAAUCGCCGUACCGAACCCGAAAUCAUCCAAAAGCACAACGACCCUCUUGAGAUUGAGUGGACCGACAUCGACACCCUCGAUGACCCAGAGUCUCUCGCAUCCUGCUUUAUUGGAAACCAAGCCCUGCGCGUUCCGGACGAUUCAACCCCAAAGUUCAAGCUCUGGUGGCCUGUCCAGAACGGCUCGUGGAACGAGGAUGGCUACACCAGCCAGGAACACCUCUACGAUGAUUUCGAGACCCUGUUGGACAAGGCACUAAGACAAGAACUUGGCUUGAAGACGAACAGCGAGUGGCAGCAGUACAGCUGCGUUUUCGUGAUUCCAGAUCUCUACGACAAGCGAUAUGUCGAGCAGGUGCUGCGGUCCUGCAUGACCUGGUUUGAAUUCAACAGGAUAUGCUUUGUCCAGGAGAGCAUGGCGGCUACUUUUGGUGCCGGAUACACACAGGCAUGUGUAGUUGAUAUGGGAGCCCAGAAGACAUCCGUUACUUGUGUGGAAGACGGACUCUGCAUCGAGGACUCGAGAAUCAACCUCAAGUUCGGAGGGUACGACGUUACCGAGACAUUCAUGAAGAUGAUGCUCUACGACAACUUCCCCUACCAGGAUAUGAACUUGCGGAGGCGGUACGAUUUCCUCUUGGCUGAAGAGUUGAAGAUCAAGCACUGCACCAUGUCUCAGGCGGAUAUCUCGGUUCAACUGUACCAGUUCCAUGUCCGAGCGCCGAACCAACCUACGCGGAAAUACCAGUUCAAGACCUACGACGAGGUCAUCCUCGCCCCAAUGGGAGUUUACGACCCCGAAAUUUUCGAUAACAGCGUCAAGCUGAAGGGCCGACGGAAAUUGGUGGAGCGCUCUUACAACGCAUACGACGUGGAUAUCCCGGAUGAUCCGAAUUCAGCCGCUCAGUUGGCUAUUUUGGCCCUCGUGAAGCCAGAAAUCACGACGAACGCCAACGGCUUCUCCCAAUCGCAACCGGAAGUUUCUACCCCUAGCAAGGAAAAGUCACAGCCGUUCAACUUCCUUAACAAACCCGACAUCGUAAACGGAACGCCGAUGGGAUCCCACGCCGGAUCUCCGGCACCCGAGGGAGCCGGCACACCCGCCCCCCCACCGUUCGUCUUUGGCGGCAGGGACAAGGAAGGAUUGAAUGGAGGAAGCCCUGCGCCAAACGGCACUCGUGCCACGGGGACCCCUGUCCCGGGACAGAACUCGCUGCAGCCACCGGCGGGUAUGUUUGUGGAUGCCUCGGCUCGAUCUGCCAAGGCUUUGGCGAAUGAGCGAGACGAGGUGCUGCCCACCGCGCCGUUGGAUGUUGCUAUCCUUACGAGCAUCCAGAAUGCUGCCAAGGGUGACGACAAGAAGUUGCGUGACCUCUUGGGAAGUAUUAUGGUUGUCGGCGGUGGUGCCAAGAUCCCGCACUUUACUGUCGUCCUCGAGGAGAAGCUCAAGGCGCGGCGGCCUGACCUUUACGACCGCAUCCUGGUGAGCCGAAGCGCCAGGGACAUGGACGAGCAGGUGGUGGCCUGGAAGGGCGCGAGCGUGUUUGCAAAACUGCCGACUAACGACUCGUGGAUCACGCCGUUUGAGUUUGAGCGACUGGGCGCGAGGACGCUCCACCACAAGGUCCUCUGGGCGUGGUAG